UAACAAUUUUUGCAUUAUUUAUAAUUAACACAAAAUGUGAUAAUAAAGUUGUUAAAAAAAGUGAAACGAAAUUCAAAGGAAACAUUUUAUGUCUGAUGACGAUUGCGUCACCCAGCCACCAUAUAUGGAAUCGUUCAUUAAUGGAAGCCUUAGCGGCCAAAGGCUACAACAUAACAGCCUUAAGCGUCGACAUAGACAAAGAGCCAGCGGCCAACCUGCACUACAUUCUCAUAGAAGACGUUUACAAAGCCCUCUACGAAGAAGAAAACUUCGACCUGAUCGAAUACGCCUCUCUAGGAAUCUACUCCAGCAUCUCCGACCUCAUGAAAUACUUUGCCAUCUCGAACCGCGCCAUUUUGAGAUCUCAGGGUCUCCAAACCCUCCUACGCUACCCCAAUGAUUUCCACUUCGACUUGGUAAUAUACGACUACAGCUCCUUCCCAAGCAUCCUUGGUAUCCUCCAAAAAUUCAACAACCCUCCCGUGGUUGGCGUCAGCGCUUUCAUGAACCCUCCAAACACCUACGACGCAUCUGGCAACCCCAUUUUUGCCUCUUUGAAACCUUACUAUGCAACCACCUUCACGCCUGUGAUGAAUUUCUGGGAGAGGUCCUUGAAUCUGUUCUACUACGUGGUCGAUAAUUGGGCGAGGAAGAAGGAUGUGGAGGGUGCACAGGAGCUGAUGGAGAAGGUUUUUGGAAAAAGCGCUGGAAACGCAAGGGAGUUGGAGAGGAGGAUCGAGUUGUUUUUGGUCAACGUGCAUCCUUCGAUAGAUGUUCCUGAACCGCUGCUGCCUAACGUCAUACCUGUCGGGGGGUUACAGGUUAAGCAACCUAAAGAGGCACCACAGGACAUCAAACGGUUCAUAGAGUCUUCCAAAAAGGGGGCCGUUCUGUUCAGCCUCGGUUCAAAUGUUAAGAGCGAAAUGUUAGGAGACGAACGUAUUCGAAUGUUCAUAAAGGCGUUUGCAAAAUUCCCCGAUUAUCACUUUUUAUGGAAAUUCUCCAACAAGGACAAAUUGGAUUUGCCUAAAAAUGUCUUGCUGCAAGACUGGAUGCCUCAAAACGACAUAUUAGGGCACCCGAAAACUGUUCUCUUUAUGACCCAUGGUGGUCUCUUGAGCACCCAGGAGUCUCAUUGGCACGGGGUACCCAUGUUGGGAAUACCAUUCUUCGCAGAUCAACAUACGAAUAUGAAACGUUCGAUAGAUGCUGGAGUAGCUGAAAAAUUGGACAUCUUUAAUUUAUCUGAGGAAGCUAUCAUUGCCAAAUUGUCGAGGAUGCUUUCUGAACCCAGUUAUCAAGAAAAAAUGACCAUCAGAUCCACUCUCUUCCGAGAUCGCCCUCAACAUCCACUACAAGAAGCAGUUUGGUGGUGCGAAUACGUACUAAGGCACAAGGGGGCACCGCAUUUGAAGUCUCAAGCAGUAUCUAUGUGCCCCUUUGCACUGUUUAUGUGGGACUUGCUUCUAGUUUGGCUAGGAGUCUUUUUAGGAGCCCUAUUUUUAGUAUUUUAUGGAAUUAAGAAGAUCUGUUGUGGGAAGGAGAAAGAUUUGAAAGCUAGCGAGGUGUUGAGGAAGGUGAAGAAGACGAAUUAAUAAAUAAAUAUAUAUAUAUAUAUAUAUAUAUAUAUAUAAAUAUAUGUAUAUAUAAUUAUGAUAUUA